UCAAUUCGAACGAAAGUUAAUCGAAUUAGACUUCAUUUUUUUUCUCUGGAAGCGAUUUCAAUUCGAAAACUUUAAAACAUGACUCGAAACUGGAUAGUAUGGUUUUUGGGAUUGUAUUGGGUAAACAAUGGAUUAUCCAUUUCUACAAAAGGUGGGGUUAACUACAAAUUAAAAAGUAUUUCUAAACGUUCCUAUCAAUAUCCGGAUGCCUUGAAAUACAGUGGAUUCAAAGCGAAUCAAGAAAACAAAAUUGUAGAGGAAGUAAAUAAUCUUAAGUCACGAACUUCAGAGGAUAGUUUUGAUGCUGUGUCAAAUAAAGUGAGAGUGAUAUGGAGUGACGAAUUAGCAAAUCUCGCUAAGGAUUGGGGAGAUCAAUGUAAAAGGGAAUUUGGUCCUCCUGGUUGUGAGAAAAAAUUCAGUCAAAAUAGAGGUUCAAUCAACAAAUCCUUUGAUGAAAUACAUCUAUUAAACGAAUGGGCCAAUGAUUCUAAUUAUACCUACGAAACCAAUAAAUGUAAUGGUAAUUGUGAUUCAUUCAAAAACAUUGUAUGGGCCGAAAGUUACGCAAUUGGUUGUUCAAAAUCGAGUUGCGAAAAUCUCGGUUCGGGCCAUUUCAUGAUAUGCAACAUUUAUCCUCCUGCGGAUACAAGAAGGCAACCUUAUAUAAUAGGAGAGUAUUGUGCCUAUUGUUCAAGGGAUUAUGUUUGUGUAAGGAAUUUCUGUGAUAAAGAAGACAAAAGUGUACCCAAAGAAGUAAUCGAUUGUAUCCAAUCUAAAGAAAGUGAUGGAAUGAAUGCUGCUGAAACUCGAUCCGGAAAUGGAAUUAUUGCUAUAAAAGCCACAUUAGCUUUAAUCGGAUUGUUAUACCCAUUAAAUUUCUUUUAAUUAUAUUAUUUCAACGAUUAUAAUUUGAAUUAUAUGUAAUACAAAAUUUUAAAAAAGUUGUUAAUU